UGUUCUAAUUGCGAAAUUCAGCAAAACCCGAAUUCUGCCGUACCUCCGAUUAUCUAAAGCCAAAUACUUUUUUCCCGACAACCUUUGAAAAUGGCGGUGUUCCUGAACAUGUCUCAGAUUAAGUUUUCCCCGAAUAAUCUCCAACGAAUUCGGAAUUUCCCCACCACAACCUUCAUCGCCAACAAGGUCCACAACAUCUCAUGCGCCAAAAAGAGCCUCAGCGACUCAGCCCUGGCUUUAGAUUUGGCCAUAACCGUGGAAAAGAUUAAUACCCAUUUGGAGGAUAAAGAGAAAGCCAUGAAGAAAAGCAAAGGGUUGUUGUUUGCAGAGUUGUGCCAGUAUUUUUCUUUGCAGGAAGAGGAAAUGAACAAGAAAUGGACGAAGAUGAAAGAAGAUGAGAAAUGGGUUUUGGUUAGCAAGUUUGUUGAUGAUUGGGGUGUUUAUUUUCAUCCAUUAUCUGUGAGAUCGGUCAAGGAAAUGGUGGAUGAAUAUUUGCAGGAUGACAAAUCUGCUUCACCUAGGUUUCCUGGUUUGAAAAGAAUGUUGGGGAUUUCAGAAGAUGCUUGAAUUUUGAUUAAACCUUGAAAACGUAAUCCAUGGGUGUACACAGAAUUUCUUUGUAUGUAUAUAUACACAAAUGGUUUAUUGCAAAGAACAUGCGGACAA